GAGACCACGAGUCCCAGAGAGCAAAUAUAAUACCCGCCUUUCCGUCCCUCCCUCUCCGGCCGCCGCCUUCCUGUUUGUUAUUUUGCUGAAAUGGCGUUAGCUGCUAGCUAAGAAGAUUUCGUUUGGGUUGUUAAAAUACAAGCGAUAUACUGUAGUUGAGGAGUACUCCAAAGAGUGCGAAUUGGAAGCUUUAUGGAAAUGCUUCCAUCGCAUCAACAUGGAAAACUCGAAUGCAGCCGUUAGCAGUGGAGGGACGACGGCCGGUGUACCGGAGUCCUCGCUGUCCUGGUGCCUGUUGCAGCUGCAGAAAACGGAAAAUCCCACCAAGGCAACGGCUGGGGGCGGACAAGGCAAAGAAGAGGAGCGGAAGGAGGAUGCAAGGAAGGCCCGGGCAGGGCUGUGGCGGGCACUGGUCGCGAUCCGGACCCAGCACAUCAAAGGGGGCAUUUCAAGCAUCAUUAGGUUCAGAGCUCGUAGUGGACUACCUCUUCUCCUGAAACUUCUCCAGCAGUCAGCAUGUGACAGGAAGACCCUGGAUCUGACGCUCAGCAUCCUGGCCAACUGCUGCACAGAGAUUGAGACGCGCGCAGAGGUGAGGAAAUUGGGAGGGAUACCACUGAUUGUGGAGAUCCUGAAGAACGUCUCCGUGGUAACGGUGCAGAACCGAGCCGCAAGGACCCUGGGAAACCUGGCCAUUGACUCUGAGAACUCAGAGCUGAUCCACUUUGCAGGUGGUGUCCCACUCCUUAUCCUUUGCCUCGCCAUCUCCCCUCCUGCCUCAAGUUCCCCCACCCUCCCCUCGACACCUGCUGGCCCAGUGUUGGAGUGUGCCCAGUCUGCUGCCCGUGCUCUCCAGUAUCUCUCCGACACCCCCUUGAACCGUCUGUCUUUGCUGUCCAAGGGUGCUCUUCCCGCUCUGGUCCUGCUGAUUGCCCCUGAGUACCCUCCUGGUCUGAGGCGAGCCUCUCUGCGUGCUCUGAAUGAGCUGACGAGGGGUUGCGGAGCAGAAUGUGCCCGGGAAGUGGUUCGGUCGGGAGCGCUGGACCAGCUAGGGGCCCUGGUCAUGGAAGAAGCUGAUUGGCCCUCAGAAGAAGUUGGCCUGAAGAUUUUGGCCAACCUGUGCUCCCAGGGCUGCCUCCGCCCACUCGUGGGGUCACUGGGGGUGAUUCCGAAAUUUGUCGAGGAGGCGAAAGGCAACACUCCGAAAUCCGCCCUAUUCUUUCGAGCCCUCUGCUUGUGCUGCAAGGAGGCUGUGAACAGGGUCAAGGUGAAGGAGAGUGGUGGAUUGGAAGUUUUGAUUGGCUCGCUCUCUGUCAGUCAGAGCCACCCGUUUUCCCGAUUGGCUGUUUUGGCCUUUGUUGACUUUGUUUACGAUGAGGCGGUGAUGGAGCAGCUCCAGGGACUGGGGCUGGUUCCACUGCUGGUAGCCAGACUGGUUGCUGCAGCCAAAGGCGAAGGGCCAGCUUCCGGAGAGGCGGAUACGUCCACUGCCUCUUCCUCUGAACUGAUGUCUACUUCCUGCUUUGACUCCUUUGAUUUCCCACCACCAGAGGCAAACCGGAAAGAUGAUGGAGGGAAGGAGCACGGACAGGAGUCCUCCAGCUUUCUCAGCCUGAGGUCUUGGUUGUUGUCUGAAGGGCUGAUCUCCUGUGAGGGGGAGCUGCUAUCUCCCACGGCGACUGGGGUUGCUGAGGGAGAGCUUGGCACUUGUCCUCCGACCUCUUUGUCUGAUAGGCUCUCUCUUUUUUCUGGCCCCUCCUCUUCGACCACACCUACUCCCACACCAUUGACGGUUCCCUCACCGCCAGCUGUCAAGAGCCCUUGUGGCUCUCGUAACCUGCCUCCUAUGUCUACCUCUACCCCCAAACCAAACCACGUCACCUCUGCCACCUUUCACCCGCACCGACCCACACCUCUGUCUCCAUCCAAACCUCCUUCACAGAAGGCCGCACCCCCGUCUCCUUCUAAAGCUCGCUCACCCAAUGGCAAACGAGCCGGCCCACAUCUCUUGGGUCCCGCCUGUACGCUUCCUCCGGAAACCCCUCCCUCGCUGGUGCAGGCCCCCACCUACCAGCACCCCUACCACCCCGAGCCCUGGACAGCCGAGUCGCCAGUCCUGCUCCUGCUGUCCCGCUUUUCCCAGUCUGUGGACCCCAGUUCGGCUCUGGGCAACGCGGCUGCCAUCUCGGGCCUCCUGUACUACCUCACGCAGCACAGGGAGCCCAGCAGCCGCUGCUUCCGCGUCCUCUGCCGCCUGAGUUGUAACCCCAACUGCCUGGAGAGCCUGGUCAGGACUGGGGCUGUGGCCUUCAUCUGGCUCCGCCUGUGCCUGGGACAGGGGGCCGGGGACAGGCAGACGGGGAGGGUGAAGACCAAGGUGCGGCAGCUGGGCAAGAUGGUGCUGAACAACCUGCGCAUCCAGAGCGAGUCCAGCUUCGGCUCGGGAGUGCUGAGUCACAUCAUGCUGUCCGGUUCCGAAGUGGACCGUCUGCACUGCGCCCUGUCCCUACCGCUCAUAAACAGCAAUAAAACAUUUCUGAAGAAGCUGCUGUUGGAUAACGGGGGUCUGCAGCUGGCGGUCGAAGCGCUUUGUUGCCAAGGCGACGCUGACGACUGUGUCCUCGGGAGGUGGGCAUCCCUCUCCAGCUGGCUCCAGCCGCCCCACCCGGCGUCUCCCCCCAGCCUUCAGUUGCUCUACUUGUCCCUGCUCGUCGAAUGCCUGUCAAACCUGCCCAGCCCCCCAGCUCUGGAGUUAAGGGUGGUGGUGGAGUCGGGGCCAGGAAGUGGGCAGGAGCUCGGAGGUGACAUGCCCCCUCCCCUUAAAAAGCAGUGCUUCGCCCCCAUGUGUCCCUACCUCGAUUCCCGCUUCGAUCUCGUCUUCGUGUUGGACGACAGCACCCGGGUCCCGGCCAACAUGGAGGCGGUGUCGGGGGGCCGUGACGGAGAGGCAGGUUCGGAGUACUUCAGGGCACUGCUUAGGGGAGGAUUCUGGGAAGGGGGGCGGAGUCCCGAGGAGGGCAUCCCGAUACGGGACGUCACACCUCAAAUGCUUCUGCCUGUGUUGCACUAUUUACAUGGCUGUUCCGCCAGCAGCGGGAGGGAGGAGACGGAAGAGACGGGGAAUAAGAGAAUUGGGGGCCACUGUCAUAUUUUGGGGUCUCUGAACACAGAGGGGCUCGGGGAGGAGGAAAUGGGGUCAAAUGGGACCACCGCCCUCCAGAAAACCCCCUUAACAGAGGCCAUGAGGGGAGCCAACAUGUUUCUAGUGUCAGGGCUGCAGAGGGAGCUGGAAGACUUGGGCGUGUCCCUGAUUCUGACCUCUGCUGCCUCUCAGCCGGGAUCAGUGGCUCAGCUGAGAGCCCAGCCCCCAGACCACACUGAGCAAAAGCUGAAUCCCAGAACUCAGGGCAGCCUGGAGUGGGAACCGGGGAAGGGGUCUGCAGAGGAUGGCCGGGCAGGAUUACCAUCAAGCGAGAAACUGCCAUGCUCGAAAGCAAGGCUCUUUAAAGUGCCAGUAGGACCCAGGGCCAAGUCGGAGGCAACGCAAGCCCGCGACGUCCAAUCCAGUAGCCAGCGGCAGAGACGACCAGGCAUGGUCACGAGAACUGGCUGCGAGAGAGGACCUGAGAGAGAACCAGACUUAAGGCGCCUCCUGAAACCCAACCAGGAGCUCAGGAUGGAAUGUGGGCCAGAAGCUCCUUGCAUAACCAGUGACCUUUCCCAGCUCAGCUUCGCUCUUAGUUCUUGGUUGGAUUCUGAGUUAAUCUUAGAACCUGAACAGAAGAUGGGGGACAUUGUCAGCCGGGCGGUAGACGAAGACUCAUCGAACCUCAAACUACGGUCGGCGUCUCUCUGGGCAUUAGGAAGCAAGAUGAGCACAAGAUCUGACUACAGUCUGGAGAGUCUGGGUUCUGCGUUGCUUUGUACCAGGGACCAAAAGAAAAGCAGCCAAUCAGAAUCAACAUCCCAGUUUCACUUCCUGUCGGACUGGAGCUUAGGCUCGGAUCUAGAGGAAGCGUACGACGACAGGUACUGCUCCAUCGUCAACCUCUCGACCCCUUGCUUUUGUGCCACGUCGGAUGCAAAAUUAGAUGGGAUGCGCAACGCUGUGUUAGGCCAGGACUGUCCAAUCCAUUCCACGGCGAAGCCCAAAUUCCAAAAAGCAGGUUGCAGCGAGACGCGCGGGUCCAAGCCCGAGGAUGUUCCGGCAGUGGGGGCCCUGAGCCUGAAGGUCGACCCGGCGCCCGAAUCCAAAAGAGAGAGCUGGCCCCUGGUGGCCCAUCUUCCGUGGCUCUACUGCUUCUCCCAGCUUCACGGCUACACGCGGCUAGCCCGGGCAUGCCUCUCGGUCCUGCUGUGGCCACGGGCCGCCCUGGCGCGCCCCCCCACCUCGCUUGUCGCCGACUGCCUGCGGCAGCUCGCCGAGCAGGAGCGCGGGGCCGAGGCGCUGACCCGGGACCUCAUGCUGCUCGCUGCCCAGACACUGAGCUGAGAAUCGCAGGGCUCCGCGCAACCAUUAAGGGUGCCCAGCUUGCUCCACACCAUAGUGAUGCGUAACCUUGGUAACAUGUAAAUCCAUAGUGGAGUCCCAUCCGUGGACCAAUCGCUAGCUGAGGUAGUGUGAUAUCGUAGUGUACAAUCGGCAUACUGUAUACAUUAUUUUUUUGUAUAACUUCUGGUAGUAAAAAUAGUUGAUGAAAUGGUAAUACAAUGGGGAUAAAAUAAUGCACACGUUUUUACUUUUUUGCCUUUUUUUUAUUUUGUGCAGUGUGUGUAAAUUCCCUAAAUGUAAAUUAGACUGUUGGGAGCCACAGUGAUGUUUAUAAUGGUUUGUAAUAUAAAUACUGUACUGUUUACAUGGAGAGAAGAAAGCGAUGGGAAAGAUCUCUGCCGUUGUCAAAUUCAGAUCUCAAUAAAAGACCGCUAGCAAUA